GGAUGCUGUGAAAAAAAGAACAGCAGAGCUUGCGCAGCCUGAAAUACCUGACCCCCAAGCAAUGGAGCUACCAGGGGCACGUGGGGCUUCUUCUCGUGUUGUGUCUGUGCAGAAAGUGGGAGGUACGUUGAAUUGUUUUGACGAUGCAGAAAGUGGGAGGUACGUUGAAUUGUUGUGUCUGUGCAGAAAGUGGGAGGUACGUUGAAUUGUUGUGUCUGUGCAGAAAGUGGGAGGUACGUUGAAUUGUUGUGUCUGUGCAGAAAGUGGGAGGUACGUUGAAUUGUUGUGUCUGUGCAGAAAGUGGGAGGUACGUUGAAUUGUUGUGUCUGUGCAGAAAGUGGGAGGCACGUUGAAUUGUUGUGUCUGUGCAGAAAGUGGGAGGUACAUUGAAUUGUUGUGUCUGUGUAGAAAGUGGGAGGUACGUUGAAUUGUUGUGUCUGUGCAGAAAGUGGGAGGUACGUUGAAUUGUUGUGUCUGUGCAGAAAGUGGGAGGUACGUUGAAUUGUUUUGACGAUGCAGAAAGUGGGAGGUACAUUGAAUUGUUGUGUCUGUGCAGAAAGUGGGAGGUACGUUGAAUUGUUGUGUCUGUGCAGAAAGUGGGAGGUACAUUGAAUUGUUGUGUCUUUUCAGAAUGUGGUAGGUACGUUGAAUUGUUUUGACCAUGCAGAAAGUGGGUAAAUUUAAUUGUCGUGUCCUUUGCAGAUAAAGGGAGUUAAGCUGAAUAGUUUUGGCCAUGCAGAGCAUGGGAGAUAAGUUGAACUAAUUAUAUAGCUACACUAAACAAAUAAACCAUUAUAAAAAAAUGUCCUUAGGGAUAGGUAGUUUUAUCACUUGUUGUAAUCUUAAAGAUAAUGUGUUUUAUUGGAGCUCUGAUGUCAUAGAGUCAUCUUAUAGAUAAUGUUUUUUGUUAGAGCACUCAUGUCAUUAAUUGAUCUUUUAGAUAAUAUGUUUAAUUGAACGAUCAUGUCCUAGAGUCAUUUUAUAGAUAAAUAUUUUAUUGGAGCUCUCAUGUCAUAGAGUCAUGGUAAAGGAAGAAAGGGUUCUAUGUGUUCCAAAACAUCUAAGUAUGUGGGUGAUUAUUGGUUAUCUUGAUCAGGAAAGGUGUCUGGUUAUUGGUUAUCUUGAUCAGGCGAGGUGUCUGGUUAUUGGUUAUCUUGAUUAAGCAAGGUGUCUGUUUAUCGGUUAUCUUGAUUGAGCAAGGUGUCUGGUUAUUGGUUAUCUUGAUUAAGCAAGGUGUCUGGUUAUUGGUUAUCUUGAUUAAGCAGGGUGUCUGGUUAUUGGUUAUCUUGAUCAGGCAAGGUGUCUGGUUAUUGGUUAUCUUGAUCAGGCAAGGUGUCUGGUUAUUGGUUAUCUUGAUCAGGCAAGGUGUCUGGUUAUUGGUUAUCUUGAUCAGGCAAGGUGUCUGGUUAUUGGUUAGCUUGAUCAGGCGAGGUGUCUGGUUAUUGGUUAUCUUGAUCAGGCAAGGUGUCUGGUUAUUGGUUAUCUUGAUCAGGCAAGGUAUCUGGUUAUCGGUUAUCUUGAUUGAGCAAGGUGUCUGGUUAUUCGUUAUCUUGAUUAAGCAAGGUAUCUGGUUAUCGGUUAUCUUGAUUGAGCAAGGUGUCUGGUUAUUGGUUAUCUUGAUUAAGCAAGGUGUCUGGUUAUUGGUUAUCUUGAUCAGGCAAGGUGUCUGGUUAUUGGUUAUCUUGAUCAGGCAAGGUGUCUGGUUAUUGGUUAUCUUGAUCAGGCAAGGUGUCUGGUUACUGGUUAUGAGAAAAUUGAUCUAACCUUGGAGUACCAGGAAUAAUAUGAUAGUUACAGAAACUUGAUAAUAACAGAGAUAGUGACAAAAUUGACAGCAGCAGGAAACAUAUGAUUGUGACAUAAACUUGAUAGUGACAGAGAUAGUGACAGUAAUGUGACAGUACAUGAGUAAUAUGAUAGUGAAAGAAACUUGACAAUAGCAAGAAUAAUAUGACAGUGACAGAAACUUGAUAGUGACAGAAACUUUUCUGUUUUGUAAUACUAUUUCCUUCCAAUGUCUUGAAAGCAAGAACUGUCCAAGCAUUCUCUUAUAUAUUGUUAUUUAUUGAGCAACAACUGUCCAAUGCCUUCUUGAAAAUGCAUUUUUUUUAAGCCAUUGACAAUUCUAAAAAAAAACAACAAGAUAAGAGCUGGGUGAUGGAGUCUGACACACAAUUUCCAAACAAUGUAAAUGAAUUAAAUGGUCCCUUUUUGUGUCAUUUUUGAUUAUCUCCUAAGUCAGGCCUGCACAACAUUCAGCCUGCGGGCUGCAUGUGGCCCGCGAGCACCCUUUUGGCGGCCUGCGAAGUAACAAAAUAUUCCUUAUUAUUAUUAUUUUCGUAAUAGCUUUGCCCCUGUUCUUUUAUCUUUCGUCCCACACAAGUUUUUCAUUAUAACGUAUUAUGGCCCGCACAAGGUUUUCUUAAAGUAUUACGGCCCGCCAUACAUUUUGUGUUGUGCAGGCCUGCCCUAAGUUAUUCUCUAAAGCAGUGGUUCCCAAACUUUUAAGUUUGGCGGACUGGUGAACGAGUUUAAAAAUUUUACCAGGGACCGGUGCAUGAUUUAUUUUUAUACUUUUGUUUCUAUUUGACAAUAAAUAUUUAUGUUAUGGGGACCGGCAGUGUUAGGAAUGCGGACCGGUGAAGGUCCACGGACCGCCAUUUGGGGACCAAUGCUCUAGAGCAGUGUCUUCCAAACUUUUAAGUUUGCUUGACUGGUGGGUCAUUCUCUAGAGCAGCGUCUUCCAAACUUUUAAGUUUGCUUGAGCGGUGGAUCAUUCUCUAGAGCAGUGUCUCCCAAACUUUAAAGUUUGCUUGACUGGUAAAGAAGUUUUGAAACUGCGCCAGGGACCGGGGCCAGAUUCAUUUCAUAUAUUUUCUUAUUUGACCAUAAAUAUUCAUGUUGUGCCAACUGGCAACAUAGGCUUGCGGACCAGCUGGUCCUGGCAACACCAUUUGGGGGAACUCUUCUCUGUAGAAGAUACAAUGAUGCAUCAUACUUUGAUUUUAUAGACUUUUAAAACAAAAUUCAUAAAAAUGUUCUAGAUUCUUGUUCUACAACAUAAAUAAUCUAAGUAUGAACUUUUCCUCAGAGCCCCAGAAUUUAACGUCCACGCAGUCUAUUGGCGCGCUUCCACAACCCUCACAACAGUUAUCUCCCAUGCAGCUGGCGGCACAACCUACGCAACCUGGUGCGUUGGCGUUGAGUCAGCUGAGCCCAGGAGUUCAAAAACCGCCGGUGGCAACAGCUAGUAAGGGUUCUCAAACAGAGCCGAGAAAGAAACCUCUAAGAGCAUACUUGUGUCCUUUCUGCAAAAUAUCAAUGGAACUGGGAUUGGAAUACUAACGGAUGAAAAGGGGAGGACAUCAUCAUUCCAUUAUCAAUUAUAAAGGUGAAUUCAAGAUAAGAAGUUAGAAGGCCAAGUAGAAAAAGAACUUAAGUGUAUUGUUGCAGUUUUGAGAAAAAUGAGUUUAAAGUUUUUAAAUUCUUAUUUAAAUCCAUUAAAAGCUGGUAGAGGUGACUCGGUAUCAAACACUUAAGUGCAUUUUUCAUGUAUGAUAUUUACAGGAAUGAUUCAAGGGAAAGAAUAAAAAAUAAUGCCAGGCUUAACUCAUUUUUGAAAAGUUGUAACUUAAGUACUUUUUUUUUUUCUAUUCGGCUCUUCAGUUUGGCAUCCGGAAAUAUCACUUUUAUUGACAAGGAUUUCUGUUAAUACACAUACUUAAAUGUUGUGUAAUAUGUAUGUGCUUGGUCUCUCCAUUCACUCUUUUAAUGUUGUGUAAUAUGUAUGUGCUUGGUCUCUCCAUUCACUCUUUUAAUGUUGUGUAAUAUGUAUGUGCUUGGUCUCUCCAUUCACUCUUUUAAUGUUGUGUAAUAUGUAUGUGCUUGGUCUCUCCAUUCACUCUUUUAAUGUUGUGUAAUAUGUAUGUGCUUAGUCUCUCCAUUCACUCUUUUAAUGUUGUGUAAUAUGUAUGUGCUUGGUCUCUCCAUUCACUCUUUUAAUGUUGUGUAAUAUGUAUGUGCUUGGUCUCUCCAUUCACUCUUUUAAUGUUGUGUAAUAUGUAUGUGCUUGGUCUCUCCAUUCACUCUUUUAAUUUUGUGUAAUAUGUAUGUGCUUGAAGCUCUCAACAACCAGUUAUUGGCCUUGUGGCUCAGAGGUGACCUUGUGGCUCAGAGGUGACCUUGUGGCUUAGAGGUAACCUUUUGGCUCAGAGGUGACCUUGUGGUUCAGAGGUGACCUUGUGGUUCAGACGUGACCUUGUGGUUCAAAGGUUGCCUUGUGGUCCAGAGGUGGCCUUGUGGUUCAAAGGUGGCCUUGUGGUUCAGAGGUGACCUUGUGGUUCAGAGGUGGCCUUGUUACUUAGAGGUGGCCUUGUGGUUCAGAGGUGGCCUUGUUACUUAGAGGUGGCCUUGUGGUUCAGAGGUAACAGCUGUCAUGUGAUCAUCUGUACAUCAUAUAACAGCUGUCAUAUGAUCAUCUGUACAUCAUAUAACAGAUGGCAUGUGAUCAUCUGUACAUCAUGUAACAGAUGUCAUGUGAUCAUCUGUACAUCAUAUAACAGCUGUCAUGUGAUCAUCUGUACAUCAUAUAGCAGAUGUCAUGUGAUCAUCUGUACAUCAUAUAGCAACUGUCAUGAGAUCAUCUGUUCAUCAUAUAGCAGCUGUCAUAUGAUCAUUGAGUUUAUUCCUUGCAUAAGAAACAAUAUUCUAUUAUCAAUUAUGUAGUUAAAAACAACAACCCCAAUAUGACAUUUGAUGCCAUGAAACCUGAACCACAACAUGACAUUUGAUGCCAUGAGACCUGAACCCAAAAUGACAUAUGAUGCCAUGAGACCUUAAGCCAACAUGACAUUUAAUGACAUGAGACCUAAAGCCAACAAGACAAUUGAUGACAUUAUAUCUAAAGCCAACAUGACAUUUGAUGCCAUAAGACAUAAAGACAACAUGACAUUUGAUGCCAUGAUAACCUAAAGCCAAUAUGACAUUUAAUGCCAUUGUAACCUAAAGCCGACAUGACAUUUGACCGAAAGAAAUUUCGUACACGGAAAAUUGAUCGAUGGAAAUUUGAUCGAACGGAAUUUUUUUUUUUCAGUGCACAUGUUAAAAUUUUGCUUCAAAUUUCUUUUUGAACACAUUAUUUUGUUUUACCAUAUAGUACAUUGUGAACUGAAAAAAAGAUUCUACCAAAUUUCCGUUUGAUCUAAUUUCCAUCAAUUAAUUUUCCGUCGACGAAAUUUCUUAAGAUCAAAUUUCUGGUAACCAAAGCCAACAUGACAAUUGGUAACAUGAUAAUCUAAAGCCAACAUGACAUUUGAUGCCAUGAGACCUGGACCCCAAUAUCAUGUGUGCAAAUGACACCAACAUUUUUAUUUCAGAGGAAAAACAAGUCUAGAGCUCAGAAAGAAAGGACAUUUGGUUUGUAAGAUGACUUCAUGUCCUCAUAGGUCUCAUGGGCCUGUCGGUGGAUCUCAAGUAUUAAUCUCAUCUGUUGACCCCCAUCUUCCAUCAUGUACUCAUAGGUCUAGUGGCUAAAUGGAC